AUGCCCGAAGAAUCAAAUUCCCAUGGCGACCACAUCGCAGAGAGCUCCGUUCACCAUGUCGUCCAUAUCGACGAGAGUUUCUUGCCGGAAGUGGAAAGGAGUAUGCAGGAAUUGCCGAGGCUCUUGACCACGGGGGCAGGAAGAGAAUCUUGCUGCAUCUUCCGAGUCCCUCAGAGCCUAUCGGAAAUCAAUAAAAAGGCCUACCAUCCUUAUAUCGUCUCCAUCGGCCCCUUCCACCAUGGGAAGACGCAAUUCCAGAUGAUCCAGGAGCAAAAAUGGUGGUUCCUAGGCGAUCUCCUAUUACUGGCGGAAAGCAAGAGAGUUGUGCUCAACGACUUCUUCGAGGCAGUAGCUCUGAUGGAGAAGGAGAUCCGGAAGAGCUAUUCGGAGACCUUGGAACUCGAUGGCCGGGACCUUAUCCGGAUGAUGGUGCUCGAUGGCUGCUUCAUCAUCGAGCUGUUCUGCCAAGUCGCAAGUAUAGUCCUAGCUGAUCUCGACGACCCUUUCUUAACUAUCGCGAAAAAAGUCCCAGCUGAUCCCCACAACCCUUUAUCUACUAUGGCUUGGGUUUUCCCUUUCUUAAUGAGGGAUCUCCUCCGGCUCAAGAACCAAAUUCCUUACUUUGUGCUGCAGAAGUUAUUUGAUCUGUCUAGACCGGCGCAUGUGUUGGAGAAGUACUACGAUAAAGAAGGCAAGCAUUUGCUUGAUUUGUUCCGCUUGAGCUAUAUCCCCGAUUGCAAGGAGGAAGUAAGGAGGCCAAGCAGAUUCUUCCACCUGAUUCAAAGCGCGAAGAAGCUCGAUCAAGCUGGAGUCAAGUUCAAGCCAAGGAAGACUCACAGCAUCUUGGACGUCAAAUUCAGAAAUGGCGUCCUCAAGAUUCGAGCCUUGACAAUUGACGACUUCUUGAGUCCUUUGUUCCUCAAUUUUGUUGCUUUUGAGCAGUGCUAUCGCGAUUCCUCCAAGUACAUCACAACCUAUGCUACUCUCAUGGGGUGUCUCAUCAAUACGCCUGCCGAUGCUGGGUUCCUAGGCGACCACAAGAUCAUCGAGAAUUAUUUUGGGACGGACAAGGAAGUUGCCCGUUUCUUCAAUAAUGUCAGGAAAGAUGUGGCGUUUGAUAUCCACAGGACCUAUUUGUCCAAGGUCUUUGAGGAAGUGAAUGAGAUUUAUCAGAAUUAUUGGCAUGCCCGAUGGGCCGGGUCCAUGCAGGCAUACUUCAACACUCCGUGGUCCUUCAUGUCGGCUGCUGUAGCUGUGUCGCUUCUGCUGCUUGCCAUGACUCAGACUUUCUAUACGGUUUAUCAAAAUUAUAAACCUGCCGAUCCUCCCAAAUAA